GGUACAACGUCUCGGGCUCCGUGAGUGACUGGAGACGCCAUUUUGCUGGAAAGUUUGGAAUUUGUAAACCUGAGGAGGAGGAGGGGGUCAGGAAAACUACUGUGGCGGGGAAAGGACGCUUUUCUUUUCAGCCACGGAAGUUUGACACGAAUGCACGCAGCCCGCGCGGGGGGGAUUCUGCGCACAGCGGGAGCACAGCGGGCUUGGCACGGCUGCACAGCCACACGGAUCAACUCUUAAGUUUUUAUUUUUAGGAAAACCAGCAGCGCUUUGGUCCGAGCUUUUCUCUUCAGGUCCAAAACCCACAGGGCAGAGCAGAAUUCAGCUCAUUACGCUUUGGAACGAUCGGAGCCUGGUGCAGGCGAGUUGUGCACUUUUUACGCACAGCCGCGGUCACAGUGCGCGGUGUAUCCUGGACAGGGAGCUUGUCUGGCGGCGGACUGUGGCUCCAAGUCUCGGUUACCCGCUGGAGUGUGUAGUACUCGGCUUUUAGAAGUAGUUUUUUCUUCUGUCGCCGUGAAGACAGUCCUGCAGACAACUGUCAUCGACCAAGAUAAUCCUCGAGCUCCGAGUUUAUGUGGCCGACACAGGACCGUCAGAGCGAGUCAUGCCAGUCCGAAAGAAAGAUGCCCAGAGAGCCCUGGUGCUGCUGCAGGAGUACAGGGCCAAGCUGCAGCACACAGAGGAGCGAGCCCUGCGCCUGUCCAUCCAGAGGGUCAUCGACAUCUUCCAGAGCAACCUCUUCCAGGCGCUCAUAGAUAUCCAGGAGUUUUAUGAAGUGACCUUACUGGACAGCCAGAGGUGGACAGAAAGCGGGAAAGAAGCAGAGCCAAUGCCUCCAGUCCACCUGUGGGACAGCCCCAGCAUAACCUCGGACACCCUGGCCCUGAGCACCAGCCUCCAGAACUGUUCGCUCCUACAUGAGAUCCUGUGCACGCUGAAGUAUGGUCAGCAAGACGAGGACACUCCCCAGGACCCAACACCCCCUCCCCUCCCCGAGGACAGUCCCGAACUGGUGCAGGUGUCCCAGAAGAGCCUGUCCCAAGUGGAGACAGUGCACGGAUAUGUGUCGCACGCCCACAUCUCACCCAUCAAGGUGGUCUCCGCUCUGGACUUCCCUCUGGAGGGCUCAGGGGCAUCAGGAGCAGCGGACCCCCCCUCCCCCACCUCCACCCUGUCUCCCCAGCCACAGGACAGCCCCCUGCCCUCCUGCUCCUCCAACCCGUACCCCCCCAUCCAGGCUAACCCUCCUCCAGUGGUGGUGAACACAGAGAGCCUGGACACGCCGCCUUAUGUGAACGGGACAGAGGCAGACUAUGAGUACGAGGAGAUCUCUCUGGAGCGGGGGAACUCAGGCCUGGGCUUUAGUAUCGCAGGUGGCACAGAUAACCCUCACAUCGGAGACGACCCCAGUAUCUUCAUCACCAAAGUCAUCCCCGGAGGAGCAGCCAGCCAGGACGGCAGGCUCAGAGUGAACGACGUGAUCCUGCGGGUGAACGAGGUGGAUGUGCGUGAUGUGAGCCACAGUGGGGCUGUGGAGGCGCUGAAGGACGCUGGCUCUCUGGUCCGGCUCUACGUCAGGAGGAGGAAGGCCCUCAAUGAGAAGCUCAUGGAGAUCAAGCUGGUCAAAGGACCCAAAGGCCUGGGCUUCAGCAUCGCGGGGGGAGUGGGGAACCAGCACAUUCCUGGAGACAACAGCAUCUAUGUCACCAAGAUCAUCGAGGGCGGGGCCGCGCACAAGGACGGACGCCUGCACAUCGGGGACAAGCUGCUCGCGGUGAACAGCUCGUGUCUGGAGGAGGUGACCCAUGAACACGCCGUCACAGCCCUGAAGAACACUCCAGAUGUGGUCUACCUAAAGGUGGCCAAACCAAACAGUGUCUUCAUCAACGAUAGCUACGCACCACCAGACAUCACAACCUCUUUCUCUCAACCGCACACAGAAAACCAUAUUGGACAGAACUUCCUGGUGCAGCCGCCACCUCCUCCCGCCCCCUCAGGACGCUUCUCCCCCACGCCCAAAGGCAUCGUGGGAGACAACGAUGUCACCAGAGAGCCCAGGAAGAUCAUUCUUCAGCGAGGGGCGACUGGUCUAGGCUUUAACAUCGUGGGAGGAGAGGACGGGGAGGGCAUCUUCAUCUCCUUCAUCCUGGCUGGAGGUCCGGCCGAUCUGUGUGGAGAGCUGCGCAAGGGGGACCGCCUUGUCUCGGUGAAUGGAGUGGACCUACGUGGGGCCACACAUGAACAGGCUGCAGCAGCUCUGAAGAACGCUGGGCAGACGGUCACCAUCAUGGCCCAGUACAGACCAGAAGAGUACAGCCGGUUUGAGGCGAAAAUCCACGACCUGAGAGAGCAGAUGAUGAACAGCAGCAUCAGCUCAGGCUCUGGCUCACUGCGCACCAGCCACAAGAGGUCGCUCUACGUCAGGGCUCUGUUUGACUAUGAUAAGUCUCGGGAUUCAGGUCUGCCCAGUCAGGGUCUGGACUUCAGAUUCGGGGACAUCCUACACGUGGUCAACGCCUCUGACGACGAGUGGUGGCAGGCCAGACACCUGAGCAGCCAGGGGGAGGCUGAGGAGGUGGGCGUCAUCCCCAGCAAGAGACGAGUGGAGAAGAAGGAGAGGGCACGGUUAAAAACGGUCAAGUUCAACGCCAAAUCUCGAGACAGAGGGUCUGUCAAUGACAAGCGUAAAAAGAACCCGUUUAGCCGAAAGUUCCCCUUCUACAAGAGCAAAGAAGCAAGCGAGCAGGAGAGCAGCGACGUGGAGCAACAUGUGACGUCCAAUGCCAGUGAUAGUGAGAGUAGUUACCGUGGACAGGAGGAGUAUGUGCUGUCCUAUGAACCCGUCGUCCAGCAAGAAGUGAGCUACACCCGUCCGGUCAUUAUCCUGGGCCCAAUGAAGGACCGCAUCAACGAUGACCUCAUCUCUGAGUUCCCCGAGAAGUUUGGCUCCUGUGUGCCACACACGACGCGGCCGAAGCGUGACUACGAGGUGGAUGGGCGGGACUAUCAUUUCGUAGUGUCCCGGGAGCAGAUGGAGAAGGACAUCCAGGAGCAUCGCUUCAUCGAGGCCGGACAGUACAACAACCACCUGUACGGCACCAGCGUGCAAUCUGUGCGGCAGGUGGCUGACAAGGGUAAACACUGCAUUCUGGACGUCUCUGGAAACGCCAUCAAGAGACUGCAGCUGGCUCAGCUCCACCCCAUCGCCAUCUUCAUCAAGCCCAAGUCUGUGGACAACAUCAUGGACAUGAACAAGCGUCUGAGUGAGGAGCAGGGCAGGAAGACAUUUGACCGAGCCACCAAACUGGAGCAGGAGUUCACAGAGAACUUCACAGCCAUCGUGCAGGGCGACUCUCUGGAGGAGAUCUAUGAACAGGUGAAGCAGAUCAUCGAGGAACAGUCAGGCCCCUUCAUCUGGGUCCAGGCCAAGGACAAGCUCUGAGACGAGCUCUGAAGACUGUCUCCAACUGUCUCACCACCAACAUCUGGAGAACAUCUGGUCCACAACUGGUCCACAACUGGUCUACACCGGGUCUAAACCUGCACUACCAUUGGUCUACAUGUGGUACUCUGUGUAAACCUGGUCCUAACCUUUGCCAAAUAUGGUCCAGAUCUCAUCUACAUGUCGUCUACCACUGGUCUACAUGUGGACUAAACCUGGCCUACAACUGGUCUACAUCUGGUCUACAAGUGGUCCACAUCCGGUCUACAACUAGUUGUCAUCUGUUCAUCUUCAGUCUACAUUCAAUCCAAAACCUUGUCCUACCAGUUUCCAAAUCUGGUCUACAUGUAGAUUAAACCAGUCUACAUGUUGUCCAGAUCCGGUCUACAACGGGUCUGAUCCACACCUGGUCCAAAACGACAUCUGCCUCCCUUCCUGAUUUAGAAGAGGUCUAAUCAACAUCCGGUCAAAAAACCUGGUCCACACUUGGUCUACAAGUGUUGCAUAUGGGUCUACAACUGGUUCUAAACCUGGUUUACAAUUGGUCCACAUCUGGUCGUAAACUACCAUCUACAACGGUUCCAGUCCACAUUAGGACCAAGUUUUGGACCUAAAGAGUUUCCAAAUCUGGUUUACAUGACUAAAUCUGGUCUGCAAGUGGUCCGGACCAGUCUGCAACUACCACUGGGCUACAUGUGUUCUAUAGCUGGACUACAACUGGCCCAGUUUGGUCCAAAACCUGGUCCACAUCUGGUCUAGAACUUACUGGAACAGCUGAUCCACAUGGAGUCCAUAUCUGGUCCUCGUGUGAACUCCAGCCGGUUCAGACCCAGUCCAAAGCCUGGUCUACAUCUGGCUUACACCUUGAUCUACAACUUGGUCUACAACUAGUCUACAUGUAGUCCAUACCUGGUCAUCUUGUGACCUAACAUGGUACGCAACCUGUCCAAAAAGUGGUCCAGUCCACAUCUGGUCCUAAACCUGGUCUAAA